AACUGUAACAGGAAUCUAUGUGGAGGGUCAGGAACCACCAAUCCAACCGUGUCAUCCUCUAGUCCCACUUACGUUCGUUUGAUCGGGGGAUCCAAUGCUUAUGAGGGGAGAGUUGAAGUUUUCCAUAAUGGAAUAUUCGGUUCAAUUUGCGAUGACGGGUGGGGUGGAAGCGAAGCCCAGGUUAUCUGUGGUAUGCUGGGAUAUAGCAGAAGCGGAUCUGGUGGCGCACAAGGCACAGUAUUCGGUGGAGCCCCACUGUAUGCUAAGAUAUUCAUGGACGAAGUGAAUUGUACAGGGACAGAAGCAAGCAUUGACCAGUGUCACUUCAAUGGCUGGGGAGUGCACGACUGUGGGCAUGACGAAGACGCAGGAGUUAUCUGCAACUCAGCAAGUCAAGAGGAUAACAUCAUCUUUCUUCUGGAUACUGGUCUUGGUGGAGUGAUUUUCAGAAUGGAUCUGAACACCCAGAGUUAUGUGCCCAUUCCUAUGAACAGUCUGUACACCCCCACAGCUUUUGAUUAUGACCCCACAGACGGAAGGAUCUAUUUUGUGGAUUACAAACUUAGACAGCUGAUGAGCGUACAUUUCAGCGGAACUGAUGUCAGAGAACUCAAACAAUUAGAUGCAAAUGCUGAUUUAGAGAAAAUUCAGGUGGACCCAAUCAACCGAAGGCUUUUCUACGCAGACACCGGUAAUAAUCUUAUUGGUACCAUUAAUUUAGACGGCACCGGAUACAAGGUUAUCGUGAACCAGGGUCUGGAUGAACCACGUGACUUGGCUCUUGUUCCCGCCACACAAACAAUAUACUGGACAGACUGGGGGUCAAGUCCAAAGAUCGAGAAAGCCAACUAUGAUGGAGGAAGCAGACAAACUCUGGCAUCCACCAAUCUAAAAUGGCCAAAUGGUCUAGCAUACGAUUAUGAAGAGAAUAGGCUUUAUUUCGUGGAUGCCGGUACGCAUAAAAUCGAAGCUAUGCAGCCGGACGGAAGUGCCCGCACCACCAUUUUAACCGACACAACCGCCCACUUUUUCGCUUUGUCGCCUUACAAACAGUACCUUUAUUACACCGACUGGAAUCAACAUACGGUGAUGAGAGUAAAUAAGGACGGUACUGGUAAGACCAAUGUCGGACCUACCGGUUUCCGGCAGUUAGCGGACAUUAGGGUCCACAAGUAUGGAUACGGAAUGCCAGGUGUGGUUACUCCCUCACCUAUUGUGGUAGACGAGAGCCAUAUUUUUGUUCGUCUCGUGGGUAAGGGGGAGCAUUACGAAGGUCUAGUUGAGGUUUACAUUAAUGGAGAAUGGGGGACCAUUUGUGACGACAUGUGGGACGAAAGAGAGGCUAAGGUCGUCUGCGAAAUGUUGGGAUUUGGAAAGACCGGAGCGAAGGCCGUUUCUCGGGCGUACUACGGGACAGACAGUUCUGUUAUCAUCUUCCUGGAUGACGUGAAUUGUACAGGUGAAGAGUCUCACAUCGCUCAGUGCACGAAGAUUGGAGACUGGGGGCUCCAUAACUGCCGACAUAAUGAGGACGCGGGGGUCAACUGUACAUUCAAUGCAGCCACUAUUCGUGACUUUGUGUUGGUGGCCGAUUCCUAUGUUCAGGAGAUUUACAGAAUGGACCUGGAGAGUGGUAGUUACUCCGCUAUCCCCCAGUACUCUGUGAACACCCCUAUAGCUAUAGACUAUAACCCCCUCACUCAUACCGUCUUCUACACAGACGUAGCUCUUCACCGUAUCAAAAGCACCAGUUUAGACGGAACCAACGAAAAAAUCCUGAAACAGCUCAACGCUGUUUCUGUACCAGAUGGUCUAACUAUUGACGUACAGAACCAAUUGUUGUUCUAUACUGACACCGGAAAUGACGUCAUAGUGAAAAUGAAUUUGGAUGGAUCAAAUGUGGUUAAUGUUACCAAUGCAAACUUGGAUGAACCUCGAGCUGUGACUCUGGAUGUUGCUAAUCAAGUUGUAUACUGGACGGAUUGGGGAGCCCAUCCGAAGAUUGAGAAGGCUAAUUACGACGGCACUAACCGACAGACUCUGGUCGACAGCGGAUUGAAAUAUCCUAACGGACUAGUUUAUGACGGAACAACCAACAAGUUAUUUUUGUGUGAUGCGGGCACAAAUAAGAUAGAGAAGAUGGACACGAAUGGCCAGAACCGACAACUCGUUUUCCAGGACGCUGGGGCACAUUUCUUCGGAAUCGACGUGGACUCUCAGUAUAUUUAUGUCUCCGACUGGACUAAAGAUGGGGUUGUGCGAUUGUUAAAGGAUGGAACAGGCGAGACCCCUGUCGGACCCCCAUCCUUUGGUAAACUGAAUGGUGUCGCACUCUAUCAUCAGGGAGGUUAAUCAAGCUUUCCAGCCCUUGUUCUGUUAAAUAAAUGGAUUUUUUUCCAAGAAAUAUAACUAUUUUAAAACAAAUGUGUAUUGCUGUUUUUAUUAAACAUUAAAAUUGAAUUUACAAUGUCAACAUAUUUUGCAU